AGUAUCUUCGCGAAUAUAACGCAGUGGUGUUGAUUUCUAUAGUGUACAUACCUAUAAAAAAAAUUCGUCUGUCUGCCCGUCCAUGUGUUCGUGUGUGCGCGUGUGUGCUUCUUUCGUAGUUCACAGUCUCCUCCAAUCGUGUUGUCUUUGUUGCGAAACGCGAUUAAAAGAUGACCUCGCUGAAAUCAUGUCCGAGAUGGACUCACUCGACUCAGGAGAGGACGGUAAAAACAGCAACAAGACCAAAAUGAUGUCGAUAGGGAGGAAGAAAUUCAAUAUGGAUCCUAAGAAAGGUAUCGAGUACCUUAUAGAGAAAGGCCUACUACAGAACACUGCCGAGAGCGUGGCUCAGUUCCUUCACAAGGGCGAAGGGUUGAACAAGACUGCCAUCGGGGAUUAUUUGGGCGAGAAGAACGAUUUUAAUGAGCAGGUGUUGCAAGCGUUCGUCGAACUACACGAUUUCACCGAUCUGAUACUGGUGCAGGCACUCAGACAAUUCCUGUGGAGCUUCCGGUUGCCGGGAGAAGCGCAGAAGAUCGACCGCAUGAUGGAGUGCUUCGCGAAGAGAUAUUGCGAGUGCCAGGGCGAGAACAACAUAUUCGAGAACUCGGACACGUGCUACGUGCUCUCGUUCGCCAUCAUCAUGCUCAACACCAGCCUGCACAAUCCCAGCGUCAAGGAGAAGCCGACGAUAGAGCAGUUCGUCAACAUGAACAGGGGCAUCAAUCAGGGCCAAGAUCUGCCCAGGGAAUUGUUGGUGAGCCUCUACGACAGUAUAAAAGCGGAACCAUUCAAAAUUCCGGAAGACGAUGGCAACGACCUGAUGCACACUUUCUUCAACCCCGACAAAGAGGGAUGGUUGUGGAAGCAGGGCGGCAGAUAUAAAUCGUGGAAGCGACGUUGGUUCAUUCUGAACGACAACUGCCUCUACUAUUUCGAGUACACCACAGACAAGGAGCCGAGGGGCAUCAUCCCUUUGGAGAACAUUUCCAUCAGGGAGUGCUAUGACAGACAGAAACAGCACUGUUUCGAGUUGUACGCCAGCGGCGGAGCAGAAUUCAUCAAGGCGUGCAAGACUGAUUCCGAGGGAAAGGUGGUCGAGGGCAAACACACUGUAUACAGGAUGUCGGCCAGCAACGAGGACGAGCGUCGAGAGUGGAUCCAGCGGCUGACGCAGAGCAUCAGCCACAACCCCUUCUACGAUAUGCUGGCCAAUCGCAAGCGCAAGGCGCAACUUUACGCCAAAAACUAGACGAAACGGUCGAUGUUAUUUUCUUUUAAAUUUUCAUCUCGACUCGCAGAUGAUUACGCAAAGUCUAAUUGGGCACAACGAAAUUUUAGAAACGUGCGGUGAUAUGGGAGUUUUUUUUUCUAUUCUAUUGUAUACAUUGAGCAGAAUGAAGUCUCGUUUUUUUCGUCCACAGAUAUCGAAAUUUUGCAGAUUCUUUUACUAGUUUUUGAAAUGCAAUUUCAACACCGUCCAGUCAGUUGAGUUACAGAAUCAAUUGGUCUAUAUCGCCAUCGGAAAUUAUAAUAUCAAAAAUACCACCUUUGCCAUAUCUAAAUGAAUAGAUAGCAAAUACAGUGUGAAGAACUUAUAACCCCUGGAAAACUUUACAUAUUUUUUGUGAGUUAGCUAUCUGAAAUGCAGAUUCGAUAAGUUGGUUAUUUUAUUUUUGAGUUGUAAUCAUGGCCAACUGACCAUUUUUAUGAGCUCAAAUUUCGGAGAGAACUGAUGGUUUUUUUUUUCAGCAAAACUGUUGAUGAAUUCUCAGUAGUUACGAGGCACUGUAAACAUACCUAUGCCGAUUUUCAUCUUACUGAAAUAUAGUGUUUAAAAGAAAAAAAAACAUUGAAAAAGGUGCUGUUUUUGUUUUUCUAGAGAACUGACGAUGGUUUCUUAUCAAGGAUAUCUUCAAUCAAACAUCGUUACAAAAUACAGAGUUGAACAUACAAUUUAUUUCCUUAGAAUACUCAUUAUUUUAAAAUGAUGAAAAAUGGUUCUUCACACUAAAUGGAAAUAAUAUAUCGUAGGCUAUUCAAAAAAAAACUACCCUGAUAAAAAAAUUUAUAGUUUUAAGGGGUGGUAGGUUCUCAUUUUCUUGGGGUGGACACACUCGGGCCAAGAGAUUCAAAACAAAAGAAACAAUGAUAUAUUGCCAACCUAAUAUAUCAUCCCUGAAUAUAAAAGUAGAGGAUAUUUGACAAAAAAAAUGAGGGUGUAUGAAACACCCUCUGAGAGUGAAACAAAACGUCUUCCUCUUCUGUCCUUGAGGACACAUU